CCUGAGCUGCAAUGCCCGCCGGGCCGCCGCUUCCUUCCUCCUCUCACCUGCCUCCGCCGCGGCCUUCUCCUCCUUUCCCCGCCCGCCCCCCCCGCCCUAACCCCACCGCGACCGCAGCUCCGGCGAAGACAACUGCGGGGCCGGGCGGCGGCAACGGCGGCGGAAUGUGCUGCCGGCUGAGAAGGGGGAGGCAGCCUCGAUCUGAGGGCCCCGGAGCCGCGGCCACGCCCAUCACCGCAAGCCCUGUUCGCCGAUUGGCCAACCAGGCUCCGGUGCGCUCCACCAAUCAAAAAGGACGAUGGAGAGCGGGGGCGGAAGAGAAAACGGAAAGGGGAAGAGAGCAGCGUUGGGAGGAAGGGCCGGAGGACUGGAAGGCUGGGAGGGGCGCGGCGGGGGCAGGGCGGGGAGCGACCACGUGCCUCCGGAGCUACCGGGAGGAAGCGAAAGAGAAUUGGACCACUUGAGGAGAGGCGGGGAUGGAGGAGAGAACCCGGGAGCAAGUUGGUUUGCUCUUGUUGUCCGGCCGCCCCAGAUCUCUGUGUUCCAGGUUUGAAGCGGAGUUAAAGUAUUUUUUUUUUUUCCGGCGCGCCUUCUCUUUCAGGGCAUUGCUUGCGCGCUCCUUUGACUUUACUGGAAGUAGGAGAUGCACGUUGGGUCAGUCCGGUCGGGGCACGCCCUUCCCCCACUCCCCAAGGUCCAUUCCCAGGCUGGGGGUCCCCGCCGUUUGAGGGCAGGGCCAUAGAGUUUGGACCGGCUGGGGUGACGUGCGUUCGGGAGUCGCGGCGGAAAGCGAGAGGGACAGUGGGUGGAAAAGGGAAAGGACGCAGUAGGCAAAUCUGAUUCAUCCUUUCAGACCACGUCCCCGCAACAGGUAGGACCUUGGGAAACGCGGACGAUCCGGUGAGGAAACUGAAGAACAGAGAGGAUUGGUGACUUGUCCAAGGUCACUGAAUAAGCAGAAAACCUGGCAUUUGAACUGGGGUGGACACCAGAGCCAGCACUCCUGAUUACCAUAUAGGCACAUGAACAUCACAGUUCACGGUUAACUUUUUAAGGUAGGCAUUAUUACUUCCACUUUUUAAAUAAGGAACCCAAAGUUCAGAUAGGCUGAGCAACUUGCUCAAGACCCUAUGCAACUAAUAAGUGUUAGAGCCCCAAUUUGAUUUCAGGUCUGACUAGCUGCUAAACUCCCACUGUUUCUAGUUGACUAUUACUAUGGGCUGCAGGCUUGUGUCCUAAAAUCCAUGUGUUGAAACCUCAUCCUCAAUGUGAUGGUGUUUGGAGGUGGGGCCUUUGGGAAGUAAUUAGGUCAGGAGGGUAAAACCCUCAUUAAUGGGAUUAGUACCCUUAGAAAGGGGGCCCUUCAGAGAUCCUUCUGCCAGGUGAGGUUAGUGAGAAGAUGGGGGUCUAUGAGGGAAUGUGUUCUCAUCAAAUUGGCUACUGCCUUGAUCUUGGACUUUCCAACCUGCAGAACUGUGAGAAAUAAAUUUCUGGGGGCACCUGGCUGGCUCAGUUUGAAGAGCACGUGGCUCCUGAUCUUGAUGUUGUGAGUUCCAGUACCACACUGAGUGGUGAAGAGAUUACUUGAAAAUAAAAUCUUUUUAAAAAAAGUAAAUUUUUGUUGUUUAUAAGCGCUGGUCUGUGGUACUUUGUUACAGCAGCCUGAACAGACAAAACCACCAUGCUGCCUCUCUGGCCUAUAACACAGAUCUCCCCUGGGCCUCUAUGAUAUUGUGGUUUAUAUUAAGAAAUAUAUAUUUGGUCUUCCUUCAUGGUUCCUGGCACAUAACUCCUAAAACCUUUGUAAUUUCCUAAAUGGUAACAAUUACAGGGGUAUCUUUCCUUCUCAGCUUCUGAAACAGCUCCACAAUGAAAUGGGUGUCUUUUGUUAUUCAUAACAAGCCCCUUUUAACCACAACUGAGUGUAUGUUAAUGCAAUGACUUUUGGAAAGUCCCUAAGGACCCUGGGGGCUGGUUGCCAGGGGAACCAACAGUGUGAUUAGAGGGUUCAAAAUUUCAGUCCAACCCCUGCCCCUGACCCCUGGGGAGGAGAGAGGGACUGGCCAAUGAUUUAAUCAAUCAAGCAUACUUAAUGAAGCCUCCAUAAAAACCCAAAAAGGUUGGAUUGGGAGAGCUUUCGGGUUGGUGGACUCCUGGAGGUGCUCCAGACAGAUAUGGAAGCUCUGUGCCCCUUUCCCCAUACUUUGCCCUGUGCAUCUCUUCCAUUUGACUGUUCUUAAGUUAUAUCCUUUUAUAAUAAACUGGUAGUCCAAUACUUAAAACUGUUUUCCUCCGUUCUGUGAGCUGCUCUAGCAAUUAAUCAACCCCCACUCCAGUGGGGUUGGUAUAUAGAUCUCUGAUUUAUAGCUGGCUGGUCAGAUGUACAGGUGACAGCCUGAACUUGUGAUGAUGUCUGAAGUUGUGGGGGCAGGGGCAGUGCUGAGUCUUGUCCGGCUGAACCCUUAACCUGUGGGAUCUGUAGGACACCCAGCUGGUGUCACAGAAUCGUUUGGGGCAGGAAAAAACUACCACACAUUGGUAAUCAGAAAUGAGAAUAGUACUGUGACUGGACAGAAAACAUUUUUUUUUUUUUCCUAAACAGGCUCCAAAGAGGUCUAGUUCUGAAAUGUCUAAGGCAGUGGUUCUCAAACUUUAAGGUGCUUUAGAACCAGCUGGAAGACUGAAAACCCAAAUUGGUUAUACACUUAACUAAAAAAAUGUGCUAAAUAAUGUUUCAAGGACAGAAUUUAGCCAAUUUCAUUUCACUUUUUAAAUAGAUUUAUGCAAUAUUUUCCUGGGUUCCUUUCUGUUCUCAAGCUUUUCUCUUGAAUUUUCUCAAAUGCCAUUUUCUUGAUGACAUUUUUCUUAAAAGACUGACUCCACUGAUCCUAUGAAGUCUAGUCCAAGUUCUUGCUGUUAGUUAAAUCUCAUAUCCUCUGCUGCUGCCUUUCCUCAUUCCUUGAAGGCUCAGGCCCGUGUCUCCCUUCUUGAGUCACUUCCCAAAGAGACAAAACUUGUCUCUUAACUGUUCUUCCUCUGCUCAAUUGCAGCCCAUUUGCCAGGCAUUCUGGUUUCCCUCUACUAGCUUCCACCUUAGGGCCAUGCCCUCACAGUUAGUCCGGAAUGGAGUCCCCUGCCACAUCUGCAAUGAUCUCCAGGAACCAUCACUGAUACCAACAAACAAGCAAAUCCCAGUAUCUCCAUGGUUUAGUCUCCCUGUUCAGCAUGGAUUCCUUUAAAAAAA